AUGGCACGCCUUGUGGCACUCUUCGUGGCACUCCUAGCACAAGCCGCUAUCCUUACCAAAGGCCUACGCGCCCUCAAGGCGUACAAAAUACGCCUGAGUGCAUCGGACCUCAGCGGCAGCGUGGUGGUCACCAGCUACAUGGGCGCGGGGUCCAGCGUUGUGAAGUGCGCGGGUCUGGCCGCCGCAAGUGGUGCCGCCGCCACACCCGUCUUCUGCAUCACUCUUCAGCAAACCUGCUUGGUCACCAACGCGUACUUCCCUCCCGGGUACAUCAGCCCGGAACCUCAAGUGCACCAGUGCUACACCACUACAGCUCCGCUCUUCGACAUGACGACUGCCUUGGCGACAUGCCCUGCCCAGUACGGCUGCUGUCUUGAACCUUUCGAGUCGGUGAGCAACGUUGGGUGCAUCUACGCCAACGCCAGCUUCUUGCCACCGAAGCCAUAUGCCACAGCCAGGGCCAUGUGCCAGAGUCUCUGGCCCACGGCAGACUUGCUUGUCCCCUACGCGUGGGGGAAUUUGGACGACUAUUUGAAAGCUCGAGGAGUGGAAGGGCCCUGGCUGGGCGCCAAAAAGAACACCGCAACAUCGCAGUGGCAGUGGGUCGACGGUACCACUGUGUCUGCCUCCAGCUGGGG